AGUGCGCAGAGACACACGGGUAUAUCUCAGAGCCUGGAGAAAGUGUCUGGUUAUUAUGCAGAUGCACGGCUGGAGGUGGGAUCCACACAGCUCAGAACAGCUGGAUCUCGCUCACACUCUUUCAAGGGAAGCUUCCUUGGACAAAAGGACCCUGCCUUGGUGUGAGAGUGAGGGCAGAGGGAGCUGGAGCAAGUAGAAUUUCUCUAAAUACCAGCUGGCUGGGGCCCAGGAGAUAAAAAACACCGGGCUAGGUUGGUCUUGGCAUUUGCUGACACGCAAAGGGAUUGCAGAGAUCCAGCCCCUCCAACCUCCCUCUGUCCACAGGUGGCUCCCAUUCAGUCCCACAAUUUGCUUUCUCCUCCUCAAGGGUUAAGAAAAAAAACAAACCCUUCCAGUCUGAUCAGUGACUGGAGAGCUCCAAGGAAAGUCUCUCAGUGACCUGGCUGCUGGCACCAUGGACUCAGUAGAAAAGAAACGCUUUACUGAAGAGGCCACCAAAUACUUCCGGGACAGAGUCAGCCCAGUGCAUCUGCAAAUCCUGCUGACUAACAAUGAAGCCUGGAAGAGAUUCGUGACUGCGGCUGAAUUGCCCAGGGAUGAGGCAGAUGCUCUCUAUGAAGCUCUGAAGAAGCUUAGAACAUAUGCGGCUAUUGAGGACAAAGACGUGCAGCAAAAAGACCAGCAGUUUAGGGAGUGGUUUUUGAAAGAGUUUCCCCAAGUCAAGAGGAAUAUCCAGGAGUCCAUAGAGAAGCUUCGUGCCCUUGCAAAUGGGAUUGAAGAGGUCCACAGAGGCUGCACCAUCUCCAAUGUGGUGUCCAGCUCCACUGGCGCUGCCUCUGGCAUCAUGUCCCUCGCUGGCCUUGUUCUGGCACCACUUACAGCAGGGACGAGUCUGGCCCUUACUGCAGCUGGGGUAGGGCUGGGAGCAGCAUCUGCUGUGACUGGGAUCACCACCAGCAUCGUGGAGCACUCAUACACAUCGUCAGCAGAAGCUGAAGCCAGCAGGCUGACUGCAACCAGCAUUGACCGAUUGAAGGUAUUUAAGGAAGUUAUGCGUGACAUCACACCCAACUUACUUUCCCUUCUUAAUAAUUAUUACGAAGCCACACAAACCAUUGGGAGUGAAAUCCGUGCCAUCAGGCAAGCCAGAGCCAGUGGCCGACUCCCUGUGACCACCUGGCAAAUCUCAGCUGGAAGUGGUGGUCAGGCGGAGACAACGAUUGCAGGCACCACCCGGGCAGUGAGCAGAGGAACCCGGAUCCUGAAUGCGACCACUUCAGGCAUCUUCCUUGCACUGGAUGUGGUCAACCUCGUAUACGAGUCAAAGCACUUGCAUGAGGGGGCAAAGUCUGCGUCUGCUGAGGAGCUGAGGCGGCAGGCUCAGGAGCUGGAGGAGAAUCUAAUGGAGCUCACUCAGAUCUAUGAGCGUCUGAAUCCAUGCCACACCCAGUGACCCCAGACCAGUGCAGCCAGCAGGGGAGGUGAGCCAUACACAGGCCACGACAAAAUGCAAACAUUUUAUUAGGGGGAUAAAGAGGGCGAGGUAAAGUUUAUGGAGCUAAGUGUUAGUGACUUUGGCAUUUCUGUAGCUGAGCACAGCAGGGGAGGGGUUAAUGCAGAUGGCAAGUGCACCAAGGAGAAGGCAGGAAUGCUGGAGCCUGGAAUAAGGGAGGAGAGGGGACUGGAGAGUGUGGGGAAUAGGAAGAAGUUUCCUUUAGACUAACGAAUAUAUUGGGGGGAGGAAUAGAGGGGAGGUGUGCAGGAACCAGCAAUGAGAAGGCCAGGAAAAGAAAGAGCUGAAAAUGCAGAAAGCCGAAGAGUUAGAACUUUUGGAUACAGCAGAAGAAACAGCGGCUCCACUACCGACCUGCCCCCGGUUUGAUGUCCUUCCAAGAAUGAAGUCUUUCCCUGGUGAUGGUCCCCUGCCCUGUCUUUCCAGCAUCCACUCUGUCUUGUCCUCCUGGAAGUGUAUGUCAGUCAGCCAGUGGCUUCUUGAUGAUGGCGGUGGUGGUGGUGGUUGUAGUGUGAUGGAUCCCCUUUAGGUUAUUUAGGGGUAUAUGUCCCCUGCUUGAACCCUGAAGGCCAGGUAAUGAGCCAUGGCCAUUGUCCCCAGCUGAGGACCAGGUGUCUCUAAAAACCCAAACAUCCUGGAGAGUAUGCGAGAACCUACCAAGAAAAACAGUCUCAUUACUCAUAUACAGUAGGCAAAGAGACAGAAAAUUAACUGAAAAGCAGUUUAGAGACUGGGAGAGGCCGGAUCUCUAGAGCCAUCCUGCUGAGUGCCUUGUGUGUAAGUCCUAAUAAACUCACCUACUCACCAA